GAGAAAAUAUGGACGUUUUUACUGAAAUAAGUAUAACGUGCAUGAUGGGGAUGAUGACACAUGUAUGGAUGUGCAUUCUCUACCCUCUUUUUUCCAACUCCAUGAAAAGGGAAAUGAAUGCGGUCGGUAAACUUGAAACUUUCAACGAUAUAAAAAUAAAUAAAUAAAUAAAAGAAAAAUGAACACUUUCCCUUUCCUAUAUAUAUAACAUAGAAGAAAUAUAUUUGCAAUUCUGUCGAAAACUAGUCAUAGUGAGAAAAUGGCAGCCAGUGUUGAUGCAAGUUCAAGCUCAUAUGAUCGCAUGAAGGAAGUGAAGGAAUUUGACGAGUCAAAGAUGGGAGUCAAAGGCCUCUCCGAUUCCGGCAUCACUUCCAUUCCUCAAAUUUUUGUCCACGACCCUCAAACCCUAUCCGACCUCAAACCCUCCUCCAAGCCAACUGCCGCUGUCAAACCCACCAUCGACCUCUCCCACAUCACCUCCCCUGCCCACCGCCCCAAUAUCGUUGACCAGGUCAAGGCCGCCGCCAAAACCUUUGGCUUCUUCCAGGUCACCAACCACGGGGUGCCCGUCUCGGUCCUAGACGAGACAGUGAACGCGGUCAAAGCUUUCCACGAGCAGCCCCAUCAGGUGAAAGCCGAGUACUACAAGCGAGAUGAAGGAAAGGGAGUUAUGUAUGCCAGCAACAACGACUUGUACCGUACAACCGCCGCCAGCUGGCACGACUCGCUGCAGAUGUGGAUGGGGCCGGAGCCGCCCAACGUGGAGGAGAUCCCGGAGGUGUGCAGGGAAGAGUUGGCUGCAUGGGAUUUGCAUGCAACCAAGGUGGCUGAUGACGUUAUGGAGCUGCUCUCGGAAGGGUUAGGGUUGGAGCGUGGGAGGUUUAAGGAGCUGACGUUUUCGGAUUCAAGGGUGCUUGUGGGGCACUGCUAUCCUUACUGUCCUCAGCCUGAUCUGACGGUAGGGAUUAAGGCACAUACGGAUCCCGGGAUCGUGACGGUUCUGUUGCAAAACCAUGUGCCGGGGUUGCAGGUUAGGCAUGAGAAUGAGUGGUUGGAUGUGAAGCCUGUGCCUGGUGGUUUGAUCAUUAACGUUGGAGAUUUUCUUCAGAUAAUCUCAAAUGGGGGGUACAAAAGUGUGCAGCACAGAGUGCUGGCCAACUCCAGGAAGGAAUCUCGGAUUUCAAUUGUGAUAUUUUUCAACCUAGCCAAAUGGAGGGAAGAUGGUUACUGUGGCCCUCUUCCAGAGCUUGUCUCACCUCACAACCCGCCAAUUUAUCGAGACUUCACGCCCCAAGAAUUCCUUGAAAAUUUCUAUGGUAAAGGAAUAGAUACCAAGUCUCUGAUUCAGAAAAUCACAAUACGAAACUGAUAUCCAUCUGUCUGUUUCCAUCAUGAUAUUAAACUAUUCAUUCGUUUCAUAAUUAUAGUGUGGUACCGUAAUACAAUCACGUGUAUUAUAACCAUGUAUAAUUAUAGUGUAGUAACGUAAUACAAUCACGUGUAUAAUCAUGUUAUCCCACCAUGAUUCCAUUUCCUAAGUUUCCUCCAUGAUAUUAAACUAUUCCGUGUAACAUGC